UUUUUGUCUAUUGGAAGCUCGAAAGCAUCUUCAGACUACAGGAGCAGAGGAGGCUGUUUCACCGUCUACAGGCUGUUGUAAGGUUGGCAGGAGAAACCAGCAGCCAUGCUGUCAUUGGACGAGCCGCUUGACUUGAAGCUUCCCUCAGGACGGACAAACAGUCCAGUCAGAUUAGGAAAGAGGACUUGUUCUUCCUCUAUCUGCGCCCCUCUUAGCGCCACACGACCACGCCUGCUAUGCACAACCUUUCCGUCUCCACCAUCUUCCCCAGAGUCCCAGUCCUCCCCUCAAGAACGACCCGGGUCCUGCUUCAGUCCUCCAGCCAUGGACCUCAGCAUGUCACCCUCCUCCCGCCAUGCCUCCUCCCUUUCCCCGUCACCUUCCUCCCCAUCCUCCCCUUUCCCCUCUUCACCCCUGGAGUCUCCUCACAGCAGCAGCAGCCCUCAGCCGCAUCUCUUCUCACGGGAAGCAGCUCGUCAUCCAGGUCUGGAGGGCGGCGCUUCACCGCAGGGUUAUCCAUUUUAUCUGCCGAUUGGGAGCCCACCGAGAGCAUACAGCUUUCCCUCCUCCAUGUUCAUCGGUCCCAACAGAGAGAAGCAAGUUUCACCAGAGCCCUCAUUGGAUGGUCAGCUGGCCUGCCGUUGGAUGAAGUGCCACCUGCUGUUCGACUCACUGCAGGACUUGGUUGAUCACAUCAACGACUUCCAUGUGAAGCCUGACAAGGAUUCUGGGUACUGCUGCCAGUGGGAGGGCUGUGCUCGAAACGGCAGGGGCUUCAAUGCCAGGUAUAAAAUGCUGAUUCAUAUCCGCACACACACCAACGAGAAGCCGCACCAUUGUCCCACCUGUAACAAGAGCUUCUCACGGCUGGAGAACCUGAAGAUACACACCCGCUCACACACAGGAGAAAAACCCUACAUCUGCCCUUAUGAAGGCUGCAGCAAACGUUACUCCAACUCCAGCGACCGCUUCAAACACACCCGCACCCACUACGUCGACAAGCCCUACUACUGCAAGAUGGCAGGCUGCCUGAAGCGCUACACAGAUCCCAGCUCGCUACGCAAACACAUCAAGGCUCAUGGGCACUUUGUUGCCCAGGAGCAAGGCGCUCCAAGCAGGCUGGGGGCGGGGCCUGGUAUCCCCGGGCAACAUAGUGCCGCUGAACAGCCACCUGUAGGCGGGGCCCACAUUCUCAUCCCUGGAGCCGCUGCAGCUCUUCUCGGGGGCCUGGGGACCUCUUUGCCUCUCUCUGCUUUCUGCCACGCCAGAGCUCUGGGCCACCACAGGGCGCCACUCUUUUCCAUGGGUGGCGGGAGCAGCUUGGGGCCUCUCGGGCUCUCAGAUUCUCCUCUGCUACACUUUGGUCUCUCAGCUGCAUCAAUGUUGGGGCUGGGAGCUCUCGGAGGUCUGGGACGGAUGGCGGGGAAGGCGACAGAAGGCGAUGAGGAAGAGGAGGACGUAGAGGAGGGGGAGGUGCUGAACCUGUCCGCAGGUGUGGGGCACAGACGGAGUGACCCUUUGUCCUGGGUGGUGGUCCCCCCGAGGGCCCUCCUCCUCAAACCAGCUGUUGUCAGCUAGGAAGUGCACUCGGCAACACACAGAGACAGGGAGCAUGUGUUUGUUUUUCUGUGUCCAUGGUUGCAUGGGUGUGUGUCUGUUCACAGGC